AUGGACGCUGGAGCUUUCAACCCUGGUUUCGACUCCGACAUUGACGGUGAGAAUACCAAGUUUACAAACCAAGGAAACAAGGCAGCCCUCAGCCCCAGAGACAUUGACCACGAAAUUUUCGGAGUUAUAGAGGAGCGCAAAAGGGGCGGCGUCCCCGAAUACAAGUUCAUAUACAUCCUCGGCCACGUCUCAGUGCAAGGUCUCUACAAGAUAGGACACAAGGAUACACGGUCGGCCAAGGUGCAUUUCCCCUGCUACGAGGCCGGCUGGGAACCAUUCGACUGCAUCAAAUGCGCCCAUGGGACGCUGCGUCGAGAAGCUCGUUCGGAAGAACACGAGACACGAGAAGUGGAUUGGGCCGUCGCGGAGGAUAUCAGGGAUAGCGUCAGGGCGUGGUCCAACCUUGCGGAGGGUGGCUUCGAGGGCGUGCAGCUCCCUCAGGCUGGGUUUUCGUUGGAGAAGGAUAGGUGGACGAGGUGGGUGAGAGUGUGUGUUGACAAACGACGAUCUACGAAGGAUGCUGCGGACUUAACAUCAGCUGCAGCUCAAGUCUCUGGUACGACACUACCACACCGACCUAAAGCAUCCCAAGAGCCAUCGGAUACCUCAAUCUCAUCGCACGCGUCGACAAUCUUCACCGAAGGACCUCUACCCAGCACGCCAGAGAUCUCAACCGAGAUCCUCGAGGGAUCGUUCAACUCGACCUCCGCCCCAGCCACUGGCAUGACCACUGCCGACAAUCCCUCCGACGCGGACAGCCCGUCCAGGCCGCAAUUCAAAGACUGGGCGAAACCCUAG